AUGCCAGUCUCCCUCGAGCUAAGAACAGAUACCGCGCAUCCCGACACUCUCACAUCAUCGUCAAAAAGUCCAGAUCUCGACCCAGAAAUCGCCGCUGGCAAUUCACCCCAUUUCCUCAUCACCAUCAACGAUCCCCAAACCCUCUCAGUUUUCGGCACCACGCUAGCCACCGGCGACGCCAAUGUUCCCAUCCUUCAGCCGCAGCUUUCACGCAAGUCCGCCGACGACCACUUCCUACUUCCCAGCACUGCGAUCAAAGCGCUGCGCAUCUGGAUCUCCCCCUAUAUCUACAGCAACGAUGUUCUUGAACUAGUCAAACACGAUCAUGAGAAUGAUGAGAUCCCCUACCUAUUGAUGGAAUCCAUCGUCGAAAGCUGGCGCGAAGCGUUCCGCUGCAUUCCAGAGCGGCAUUGUAUCGAACACGUCGAAUUUGAUGUGCGUUAUGAAGAAGUACACAAUAUACAGAAGGUUGCGCAACUGCUGCAGGCUGUUGCGACAGCGAUUAUCUAUACCAUAAAACCCCAACUCCCACUCUCUUGGCUCAAGCGACAAGAGAACCUACACGCCCACCCAUUCAUCUGCCCCGUGUGCAUCGAAGACCGCAUACGCAGCCAAUACUCGCGAUACCUCGAGGACCAUCAGAAGAACCGAUCGGCCUCGCAGAAGGUGAUGGACGAUGUAGAGACGAAUGUGCAGCUUUGGACGUAUGAAGCAGUGUUGGAAGCCGUGGCGAAGGGCGGUAGGGUCUGUGAAGCAGAAGAUAAAGCAGGUAUCUUCCGCAUCAAGUACCUUGAAGGGUUCAAGGCUUUGGGACAAAGAAGAGACGCAAUGAAUGGGGUCUGGGACAUGAGAAAUGGAUGUGCACAAGAGAUUGGAGUUGAGGAGCAGGAUAGAGCCACGCCCGAUGAAGAUGCAGAGAUGGACGACUUAGUUGAGCAACUUUCAGAAGCAAAAAUUGCAAUUGCGCAAGACAGCGCAGUUGAUGAUCUCGCGGAAGGUGUGUCAGGAUUGUAG